AUGAACGUUCCCGGUUACUUAAAAAUUUCUGACUUGUUACGUCAAAAUGAAGUAAAGGAAAAGGGUAAAGGAAAAUCCAAUACGGCUGAUCUUGCAACACUUUUGUUAAAACACGCAAAUAAAGUUCAAGAAGAAUGGAAGACAAAUUUGUCGAAUUUCAAAGAAAUUCUUCAAAAAAGUCGAAGUAUUCAAAACGAAUUUCGAGAUGAUGAAUUAUUGGAAGAUGAAUAUGGAUCUGAUCUUAUAUAUAACAACCUUCCAUCUACAUAUUACUAUGAUGACUAUUCCGAUAGUGAUUCUGGUACACAUGAUGAAGACCUCGAUUUUGACCUGGAUAAAAAUGUGUCAUAUGACAAGGAAUGGUUACUAGGACAAUGUCGAUUACAUAUUGCCUCAUUCUGUGAUGCAGAUGGAGCGAUAACUCCCGAAAGGUUAUGUACUAGCAUUUUUACAUUACUAAGGUCAGAUAUGGGAGAUGACGAUAUUCAAACGGAAUUGGUCGAUCUCAUUGGCUUUGAUAACCUAAAUUUUGUUACUACACUGGUAACUAAACGGUUGACAAUCCUUGAAAAUAUUAUUAGUAAAUCACUAUUAGUAGAAACCCCACCAGAAAAAGAUUUGAACUCAGCAAAUAUUUUAGGGUUUAGUGCUGACAAAUUACGAGCCAUUCGGGAACAAGCAUUGCGUACCUUUACUCCAUCCGAAAAUUAUAAACACGUCUUCGCCCAUACGAAUCACGUACUUUCCGUGUUUGGAACCACAUAUUCUCUGCCAGUUGGCACUAUACGUAAAGAUUUUGAUGAUCACGAAGAAAUUAUCAUUCCAAUUACUAGGCGAGCUCCACAGAUAGAAAAUGAAAGACUAAUUCAUCUGAAUGAAACCGAUAAUCUUUGUAGAGGUUCGUUUAAGGCAAGUUAUAAGACAUUGAAUCGUGUACAAUCACUUGUUUACCCUGUUGCAUAUAAAAAAAAUGAAAAUUUAUUAAUUUGUGCCCCUACCGGAGCGGGAAAGACAGAUAUAGCCAUUCUUACAAUACUACGUACGAUAAAGUGCUAUUGCUUUCCGGAUCCGUUGGUCCAACAGGUGCCUCAAGAGUUUAUAAUAUAUCGAGAUGAUUUUAAAAUCGUGUAUAUUGUUCCUAUGAAAGCUCUAGCUGCCGAAAUUGUAAAAAAUCUCGGGGAUCGAUUAAAGUGGCUUGAUGUGCAAGUUAGAGAACUUACAGGAAACAUGCUUCUGACUAAGUCUGAAAUUUUAAAUACACAAAUCAUUGUUACAACCCCCGAAAUAUGGGAUGUAAUUACAAGAAAAAGCAUCGGAGAUGUCGAGCUUUCUCAAAAAGUGAGACUUCUUAUUAUUGAUGAAAUUCAUUUAUUACUUGAGGAUCGAGGUGCAGUUCUGGAAAGUUUAGUCGCACGUACCCGCCGUCAGAUUGAAUCUAGUCAAAAAAUGAUCCGUAUUGUAGGCCUUUCCGCUACGUUACCCAAUUAUAUUGAUGUAGCUCGAUUUUUAGGAGUUGAUCUAAAAAAUGGUGCCGAGGGAUUAUUUUAUUUUGACGGUGGUUUUAGAACUGUACCAUUAGAACAACAUUUUAUUGGUGUCAAGGGUAAGCCUGGCUCAAUUAUUUCUAAUAAUAACCUCAAUAUUAUUUGCUGGAAGAAAGUCUUGGAUCUUGUCAGAGAGAAACAUCAAGUGAUGAUUUUUGUUCAUUCACAUAAAGAUACCGUUAAAACGGCAAAGGUACUACAUGAGUUCGCAUACGAAUAUGGAUGUUCAGAUUUAUUUGAUGUGUCUACUCUUGGAGGGUAUAAUCUUAGAAAACGAGAUGUUAUGAAAUCAAGAAAUAAAGAAUUAAAAGAGUUAUUUGAAUAUGGUCUUGGUAUUCAUCAUGCUGGCAUGUUGAGAUCUGAUCGAUCAAUGACAGAGCGUUUGUUUUCUGAAGGAUUUAUAAGGGUCUUGUGUUGUACUGCAACUUUAGCUUGGGAUGUAAAUUUACUGGCUUAUGCGGUAAUAAUUAAGGAAACGCAAGUAUAUGAUUCUCAAAAGGGUAGAUUUGAUGAUUUAUCAACUUUAGAUGUUAUGCAGAUCUUUGAUAGAGCAGGUUGUCCCAAGUAUGAAACGCAUAGCGUUGGCUAUAUUUUAACAAUAAACGACAAACUAUCACACUACGUGUCUGCAAUGAUACAUCAUCAUCCUAUUGAAUCAAAAUUCAUAGAUAAAAUGGUUGACAAUUUGAAUGCGGAGAUUUCACUCGGCACCGUGACAAAUGUUGAUGAAGGAGUUCGAUGGCUGGGUUAUACGUAUCUGUUUGUACGUAUGAAAAAGAACCCACUUGUAUAUGGAAUUAAUUAUUCAGAACGAGAAGAUGAUCCGGAGUUAGGUAAACAACGACGCAAACUUAUUGUGAAUGCUGCAAAGACACUUCAUAAAAUUGGAAUGAUCAA